AUGACUGAAAUGAUGGCAAUGGGUUAUGAAGGGUUUUAUAUGCAUUCUAGUCCACUAAAACGUGAAGAAAUUUAUGAUUAUAAGUCACGAGGAACGUACAUGUGCAAUCUCUCAGGUUUAACAUCACCUACAACUUCAGAACAUUGUUCAUCUAUUGGUAGUAGUUUUCGUACGGAACAAUGUAGCAGUAGUACUUCAAGUAAUGAAUAUGAAAGUUUACUCGAUUUAGAUUUUAUCCUUGAGAAUAGCGCUACACAAAAAGCAAAUAAUGUAUCUAAUAAUUUAUAUAAUUGCACUUAUUCUAAUUCUGUUAUGAAUGUUAAUUAUUCUUUCGCUAAAUCGCCAGUAUCUCAACUACGACCUGUUUAUUCAGAUGUGAUCUGUUCACAGAAUUCUAAUUCUUUUAGAAAUUCAAAUACAAAGUAUUAUUAUGACCUUGGUUCAAAUAAUUCACCAAUUGAAAUAAAACAAGAGCCUAUUUUUCCCGAAAAUUCUGAAUAUAAACAUUGUUCAGAAAUCAAUCAAAAUAAUUCAUAUAACUGGACUACAAAUGUACCGAAUAACUGUAACUAUAAUUCAAAUUGUAGUGCAGUACUAGAUACAGGGCAUUAUAUACAAACUACAAAUGAUUCAAGAACUGGGGAAUUGCAAUCUCAGCAUUCUUCCUCUUCUCUUGCUUAUAUGCCUUCGGUUAUUCCAACAACAGAUAUGCCACCAGUAGAUCCAUACCAAAAUUGCCAGUCAAGUUUACAAAAUCAAGAGCAAUCUUCUUUACGAUUUUAUCCCAAUGUUGCAAAUCUUACUAACGCUGUCAAUGGUAACAUUAUGACUGAAAACAAUAUCGCAGCUGUUUAUCUACCACAAAACAAUCGAGUUGAUCAUUCUCAACUUCAUCCUAUGCCUCCAACUUGUUCCGUUAUAAAUACCAUAAAUGAUAAUAGUACAGUACAUGCUGUCAAUAAUAUGCAAGAUUACCGCAGUGCAACACAAAACGCAAAUUAUUAUAUGAAUAUGUAUAAAAUUGAUGAUACAAAUCUUCCAGUGAACACAACUUUUCGAGUACUAGCACCAAGAGCUGUAUCACCCACUCAAAAUCUUGGAUUUGGACCACUAAAUACCACAUGUGAUAAUCCUGUUUACCGGAACUCUUCAUUAGUUUCUACCCACAUUAAUAAUAUCGGUAGAAAUAAAAGUUCAGCUAUAGAAUUAGGAAUUGAAUCUCAUCAGGAUAUUCUUGGAUGUAACAUGGGUGGACCUGGGGAAGUUCCGUUAAUACCUAUGCGUCGGACACGUACCAAUAAAACUAAGAGUGAUACUUCAACUAAAGGAACUGGAAGUAAUUCCACCGGUAGAACUAAAAAGUCAAUAGCUUUAAUUCAUACUUGUCCUUUUAGCACAUGUGCAAAAGCAUAUUCUAAGAGUUCACAUCUUAAAGCUCAUAUGCGUGUACACACUGGAGAAAAACCUUUUCCAUGUGAUUGGCCUGGUUGUGCUUGGAGAUUCGCUCGAUCAGAUGA